AUCGCCAGUCUCCAGCCUCAAUAUUCCCGAGUUCUCGACGCACAGCCAGCUUACUGAUAGCCUAGGGUUUCACCAUUUCCACAAGUUAACAUUUCACCUCUUCUCUUCUACAUAUUCUGUACUAAGAAGCAAGAGCUUGUUCUUUCUUUCAAUCAUGAGCAUGAACGGUGGGAUCCGGACCUGCGCAAAGUUGGUGAGGGCUUCAGAAGCAUCUCUAUCAAAAUCAGGAACUAGAGGGUUCCACUCAACCGGAGUGAAGAGAAUGGGUGGACAUGGCCAUGAUGAACCAUACUACCUUCAUGCCAAACACAUGUACAACUUGGACAGGAUGUCGCACCAGAAGUUGAAGGUGACCCUUGGAGUGUUCACUGCCUUCAGCAUCGGCGUGGCUGUUCCUAUUUGGGCUGUCCAUUUCCAACAAAAGAAAACCGCCUCUGGUUGAGAUGGUCGAAUGCAGCAAUAAGAGACGCAUAAUACUGCAGUCUCGGCAUUCUCUUGGAUUCGUUUCUCAUUUACUUCUAUUGUUAAAAGAAUGUGGUACAUUUGUUUGAUAAUUUUAUGGCACAUAAGAAUCAGAUUUGAGCUUUAAAAGGUUCCCAUUUUCCCUUCAA